AUGUCUAGCCCGAAAGAGCGGCAUUACUGGCUUCAGCUUCGUGGCGCCUUAACUGCAGGUCAAUGGCGUUCCGAAUACCCUGCCAGGGCUCCAAACAAUACCCUGCUCUCUUGGCCUGAGCUAUUGCGAAAAUUCAACAAGCAUUGUCAGGGAUUCAAGGAUAUUUCAGACGUCGCAUCACAAACUCAGUCCCUUGCUUUUCUACUCAGUGCGAGAUAUAAAGACGAUGACGAGAACGACGAUACCUUGCUGGAUAACCCCACCGCGGAAGGCACAGAGAGGCGGGAUGGUACGCAAAGAGGAAGCCUUGCUCUAGGGACAGAGGGGAUGCUUCUAGAAGAAAACAUUGAAGAAGCUAUGGUUGGAUAUGAGGUUUUGAAAAGUUUGGAAUCUUCCAAAUAUGAUACGAUACAUUUAGCCCUUGCUUAUUAUGCAUAUGCUCUGGGAAACCCCACUGAAUGCCUCAAUCAUUUAUCGAAAGUCCCAGAGCUUUUGCAGUUCCACAAUCGCAUCCCAAAUGCCGACUCAAUACGGUCUAAUGGAUCUUUUCUGGGUCCUUCCAGUUAUGCACCGUCGACAACAUCCUUUGCUGGAAGCUUUGCAUCUGUAGCCGAUAUCGGUUCCCCAGAAGUCCGUGAUGGGAGGGGUUGGGCAAUGGCAGAGACAUUUCGAUCCAUUUGCUUAAAAGGAAUGUCUUACGAAAAGUUAUACCCUGCGGACCCUACGAUGGCACUGAAAGCAUACCGUGUUGCUCUCCCUGCUCUUUCCUCCCUCCGAUCGGAGUUCACAUCUAAGAGCAUUCCAAUUCCCCUCUCUUCUUCAGGAAAGGCAGAACCAGCACUCUUCACUCACCUUCGAGAAAUGUGGAGAUGGGUCGAGAGGUUACUAUGGCGUGCCAUAAUACUCACUUCCAAGACAGCCAAUGUAUUCGCUGAAGAUGAAACUCAGCCAACGUCGACAAUUGCCGACAGAGCUUCUGAUUCCCAAAAUUCCCUGUUCGACUGGUUCAAACAUUAUACCACAUGCAGUUCCUACUGGCCACCUCAUUUUCGAACAGCUCAUCGGACCACCAUAUAUGCACUUCAUCUCCGCGCGCUUGUUCUUCGACAUGGUGUUUUAAUGUCUUUGCCUGCCGUUGGAGUGGCGCCCGUUUACGCUCAACCCUCGAAAAAAUCGAUACCGCCAUCUUCAAGCUCAAAAGCAUCCUCGAGGCCUACGACUGCUACGUCGACUCCGCAUGAAGCGUCUGACCCGAGUAGUACAUCCGUCAGCCUGCUGACAACUCAAUCAUCGUGGAUGAAUACUGCUCGAUCAGUAGCACAAGACUAUCGUGCCGUGCUCAGUGUUAGCACUUCUUUUCCUCGAGCAGGAGAGCGGAAUUUUAAAGUGGAGGAAUUUGUUGAAUUAUGCGUCAAGGUUUGGGAAGCAGGUGGAGCUAUUGGAGAGCAAGCUAGUUGGGUCAUAGAGAUCCUCAAUUGGGCACAACGCUUGACUUUCAACUCCUCGGUUAUAUUGCGACAUCUGACGCGCCUUCUUUUCCUGGGUUCAUCCCUGUAUCUUGCAAAAAGGACUCUUAAUUUAUACAUUCAAGUUGUAGGCAAAGCAUGGGAAGCAAGUAAAGAGGGUGUCGGAGAAGAUAUGGACGAUGACGCACGAUGGGUGGAAACGUUGGUCUUUGGCGCUCGUAUGCUAUGCGCUUCUGUUGGGGGUCAUGGAGGAGGAGCUUUUGCUGGAAUGUUGUCGGGAUCGAGUGGGCGUGGUCAACAUAUGCCGAUAGGUGACGAUGGCACAGAAGGCAUCGAUGAAGUACUGGAAGCACGUACUAUUUUAGAGAAGGCAAGGACGAGACUCAACGAAAACGACCAUAGAUUGGUAGCCGAAGUUUUGCUAGCAGAAGGUAUUGUUUGGGGGCUGCUUGGUGUCAAAGGCCAGGACCCUUCCACUCGUCCACUUAACUUCGAUAAAGCUCAUCUAUGCCUUCUGCACUCAAUCAAAUCUCAUCCAACUCCAAGCGCUUAUUAUCAUCUUGCGUUAUCAUUUGCACGUCGAAUCCCUGCAGCUGGCGGUCUUUCAGAUGCCCCUGAUUCUCAAUCAGAGCCUGCUCCUUUCCCCCACACGGCAUAUGAACAUAAUCUUACUCAGGCUAUCGAAAGCGCAGGUCAUGCAGUGGAAGGUUGCCCCCAUGAUGUGCGGUAUUGGCAUCUUCUUGGUCUCUUACUGUCAGCCGCAGAAAAAUGGUCAGCUGCCAAGGAAAUAUUGGAGAGAGGAGCAGCGUUGGACGACACGGACAGUAGCGAUACGGUUGACCAGGCCAGUGAAAGCAUAGGGGAUGAAAGUACUUCUUCCCCUGGCGAGGAAAAUAUGACCAAUGGAGGUGGAGGCGAUGCGGAUACCGUUAGACAGGCGGAAACAGAUUCGAACACCUUGAAGGUUCCGGGAGCAAAUGGCGUUGUCAAUUUGACUGAUCUUGCGAACGCCUCGGCGACAAACAAAACAGCAAAAGCUAGAAACAAUGGAACUUCCAAUGGUAGCGCAAUACAUACCUCGGAUUCCUCAGCUGCCAGCCUCAAUGGCAGUGCCGCUAUUUCCUCUUUGGCAGAUUUAUUACCCUCUCACACCCUUUUGUUGCGCCCAGACGAAACUACUCUGCCUACAGCUUCUUCGUUGCUUCACCCUGCUGUCGCCGCGCUGUACCCACCCUCUACAUCAGGAGCAGCAUCUCUAUCGGUGCCUUCUCUAUCAAUUGAUCAGUAUCCUCCUUCAAUGGCCGACCUAUUUGAACAGCAUCUACAACUACGUAUGACUCAGGUGGCUCUUAUGGAAGUUGUUGAAGGACCUGAAGGGGCCGAAGAGGGAUGGCUAGAAAUUUUCUCUUGGGUUGCCGAAAAACGUGGCCUUUCCGGCGGGAGUACACCUGCAGCGUCACAGCCGCGUCAGUCGUUGGAUCAGCCACGAGAUUCUAUUGAUCUUGCAGGGCCAGAUUCCGCUAGUGCACCUUAUGCCCAUUCAAGUAUUCAGGUUCAAGAAGACAAAUCACGGCACUCUGCAGCGAGCAAAGACCUUUAUCCUGGUCUUGGAGUGACUACUAAUCCUCCUGAUGUUAAUGAUGCUGCUUCGGACUCUCUGCCUGUGCCCAUUGGAAUUACCAUAUCGCCCGCCACCCCUGAUGCUGUUCCUAGAAUUGAGGAUGAAGUUCAACUUCAACUGGAGAAGGUUGAGCAGGCACAACUGCGGGUACAAUCCCGGCGAAGCUUCGAAUCAUUUACUGAUGCCGUUGAUGAAAGGAAUGCUGAGAGGUUUUCCGGCAAUAAACACAGGGAAAAGGAGAAGGAACGGAUGAAGGAAAAGGAGAAGAGGCAAUUCAAUGGAUUUAGCAUACCGAAAGCCAAACGUUCGACUUCGAUCGAAAGGGACACCAGAGGUGAUACCUCAAAGUCGAAAAAGGUGCAGCAGAUGCUGAAAGGAGGUGUUCACAAGGGUCGUGCUGGAAUCAGUGCUGUAUCUCGGCGGAUUGGUAACGGAGUGGGGAAGAACGGUACUCUUAGAAGAUCAACGUCAACGCCAGAUUUACAUGCAGUGCUGCAGCCUAUGUCAUACCAGGCCUCUUCCAUCCAUUCGCGGAGACGACUUAGUUCUGUUGCGCAUUCAGGAGAACACACACCGUCAGAAUCUCCUCCCCCUCCUCCACCACCAUCUCUUCCAUCAUCGGGUACUCAGCAAGAUUUCUCCAUCCGAAAUCAACGUUCUGCUCGAGAAAAUCGUCUACUGAGCGAUCUUUGGUUGAUGUCUGCUGCCACAUUCAGGAGACUAGGCAAGAUAGAGCAGGCAAAGGGUUCUAUCCAGGAAGCAGAAGUCAGAGAUGAACAUAACCCUAAUGUUUGGGUUCAGCUUGGAUUGUACUACUUCGCACUAGGACUAUACCAGCAUGCCGUCGACACACUACAAAAGGCUCGCUUCAUCUGUUCUGACGAUGUCGGAGCUACCGUCCAUCUCGCGCGCCUCUACCUAGAUCCGAGCAUCAAUUGCAAGCUUCACCCAACCGAUGCCGAGACACCGCCUUCCUCGCCCACUUCCGGUUCCGGGUCGUUUACACAGGGAGCACCCCCAUCGUCGACGUCGGCGAGCAUCGACCUCGCUGCAGGUAUGCUCGCCCAUUUGACCAAGGGCCGUGGCUGGGAUGUGCCUGAGGCAUGGUAUUUCCUUGCCAAGGCAUAUGGGAUGCAAGGCCGGAAAGAUAAAGAGAGGGAGACACUCAAAAUCGCCCUAGAAUUCUCUGAGAAGCGCGGAGUCAGAGACAUUGGGUCUGCGCUGGGAUGGUGCCUCUAA